AUGGCAGAGGCCUCGGGGAGUCCUCUGCCCGAACGCGCGGUGAGGAGGAAAAAAAGCAUAUCUAUUGAGGAGAAAAUUGACAUCAUCAGUGCCGUGGAGAGUGGCAAGAAAAAGGCAGACGUCGCAGCCAAGUACGGCAUAAAGAAGAAUUCCUUGUCUUCGAUUAUGAAGAAUAAAGAAAAAGUUUUGGAAGCCUUUGAAUCUUUACGAUUUGAUCCGAAAAGAAAAAGGCUAAGGACUGCUUUUUACGCUGACCUGGAGGAGGCAUUGAUGAAAUGGUACAGAAUUGCUCAGUGCUUGAAUGUGCCGGUAAACGGUCCUAUGCUGCGCCUCAAGGCCAAUGAUUUUGCCCAGAAGCUCGGACAUAGUGAUUUUAAAUGCAGUAAUGGCUGGCUCGAUCGUUUCAAGUCAAGGUACCGUUUAGUUUUCAGAGCUCAGCCUGUAGAAGCAGCUCAUACUGCCCAAGUGGAUGCCCCAACUCUUUGGUACCAAAAUGUUCUUCCUUAUUAUUUAAACGAUUAUCAGCCAAAAACCGUGUUUUAUAUACAGGAGACUGGAUUGUUGUAUCAGAUGUUACCACAUAACACAUUUGCAUUUAAAGGGGAAACUUGUUCUGUAGGUACACUAAGCAAAGAGAGAAUAACCGUCGUGGUGGGUACAAAUAUGGAUGGCUCCGAGAAACUUCCUUUGCUUGUUAUAGGAAAAAACAAAAGUCCGUGCUCUUUUAAAGAUGGGAAGUCGCUACCUGUGGAUUAUGAAGCAAAUGAUAUGGCGUGGAUGACUUCAGAAGUGUUUGAACAGUGGGUGUGUAAACUUGAUGACAGAUUUCAAGCACAGCAGCGACGAGUAGUUAUUCUCGUUGAUUCUCUCCCAGCUCACACAGAAGUAAAGAACCUGAAAUCUGUCAAAUUAAUGUUCUCUCCUCCGGACUCUUCUUCAUGUACAGCUACGAAACAAGGGGUUAUCAGAAGUCUGAAGGUUAAAUACAGGCACUGUCUUAUCAAGAGAUUUGUUGACUCUGUAGAAGGCAAUAAAGAGUUUAUGCUGACUCUUCUUGAUGCAGUUGAGAUGUUGUACCUGUGCUGGAGGGAAGUGACACCAGAGACUGUUGUAAAAAGUUACAAUGAAGCAGGAUUCAGAUUAGAAACCAAAGCAAAUGGUAAUGACACAGAGGUUGAAAGUGACUUUGAUUUGAUUGCACAUGCACAGGCAGCUGGAGUGGAGUUUCCAGAAGGUUUAUCUUUGGAGGAGUAUGCAGCUCUAGAUGAUGGCUUGGUAACUUACGAAAUGCCCACAAAUAAUGAAAGGAUGUGUGCCAAAGAAAGAACAGCAGAUAAAGCUGGGACUGUUGGUGAUGAAGAUGAGGAUGAAGGUGAUCGAUUUCAGGGAGCUGAGCAGCCUUUACCAUCAAAAAAUGAGACUUUGAGUGCUUUGGAUACCCUUCGAAAGUUUCUCAGAAGUCAAGGCACGAAUGAUUCACUUCACGAUUCCCCAGCUGACCUGGAGAGUUUUAUUCAACAAGUAGCAUGUAAAUAA